AUGCCGGGAUACGCGGACCACUGGGGCCACGGAUCGUCGGAGGACAUACUCGAAAACUCCACCAAGAGGCUUCCGUGCAAGCUUGGAAUAGUCUCACGCUCUGUCAGAAAGAAAUCGAUUGAGAUGGUUCCAGGUGCCGUCAGCACCUCAGAUGAGAUCCAGAAGCCAUUAUUGCAGGCAAGAGCUAAAAGAACCGGCGAAUGCCUACUUUUCGGCCUCUCUGCCUGUCUCCAACGGAAGCGUGUCUUGGCAAGCAGCACCGGUUACCAGUCCUUUCAUCAUCUGUCGAUUACAUUGACAGCGGACUGUAGCUGUCAUCGAAGUCAGCGAUGCCAGCCUAAGGCGACCAGGCGCCAACCGAGCGAACAUUCAGGCAGCUGCUCCAGGGACGUAGAAGAGUCAUCGAGUCUAGGCUCUGCGGCGGCAAACCGUGGGCUCGGGCAGGUGAUUUGCGCCGGUUGCGGCUGCCUGCGGACGACUAAGCCGUUUCGGGGCAACGCUUUGCCCGAGUGGGAGCGCAGCCGGUGGAGCGUGCAUCGCCAGUCGCCAUCAACGCCGAUAAGGCUUGGGUACGCAAGCACUCCAUCCACGUCAUUCGACUCCGCUGCAUCAGAGCCUACUCAAUCUGUGGAGGCGCGACGGGCUGCAACAGCCAUUCUUGAGCUGUUUGCCGCUGAUCAGCUUUAUCACAUUCCAACUUCAGGCCGUUGGCUACAUCCUCACCCCGCUGUACGGCCAACGCCAUCAGAAAUGGACGGCCCAGGUACCCAUUUCUACGUCGAGGAUACCAAUCCGUUCCGCAACCGUGCUGGACGUCGUCAGCGAUCCAGCACCUCUCCAGCCGCGUCUUUCGACAGGAGUUACUCCGAAUCCAGGGCUGGAAGAAUGGUCGACCAGCACAAGAAAAAAGCUUCGUGCUGCCCCCAGGAGCACCAUCAUCACCACCACCACCGCAUGUCGCGAGUGUAUCCCGACAUCAUUGACCAGCUGGACAAUGUCGGCUCUGUCCAAUAUCACCACGAAGGUCCCUAUGACGCCGUCUACCCCGAACGCAACCGGUGCAGCCUGGGAAGUCCGAUCGAAGCUCUGAAAGAAUCGAACGAAGAGACGCUCCGGGCGACCCCGAUGUACAAAAUCGUCGACAGCAUUCGACACCACCGUCCCCUGGAUGGGGUCGCCUACUACCCUCCGGGCACCACAGAUCCCGAGGGUCACACCUACCAAUACACAGAGGGAGACAACAUGAUGGCGGAAAUCGAAGGGAAUUUUGUGCGAGCCCCGGGAAUGAAAUUCACCGACGAGGAUUUCAAGAACGACCCAUUCUACCAAGACCAGCAACGCCCACCCCGACGCAUGGGGAGCCUGCGCAAGGCUCUCGGAUUCAAGGGCCGGUCCCGAAAGAACACCGCCUGA